AGGCUGUGCAGCUGAAGCGCCCAAGCGUCAUUUCGAUCACGAGUCGGAUUCCAUGAGUCAUGAUCUUCAGUCUACAGCGGAGUUACUGCACGCCCUCCAUAUGCUCUGUUACGACCUUGCCCAACACAACUUCACUCUGCUAUCGUUGUCAACAACGUCUUAAACCACUUCUCCCCACCCCCCGAAGGUGCCCAUCAUCUCACCGACGCUCGAUCCUUAUCUGCGCAAGACACAUUUCUGUAUAUCAGUACACGGGAAACCACCAGAACUUUCCCAAAUCUCACUGAUACAACUCUCUGUUUCGUCAUUCUUUACAAACCUCGGCACAGAGUCACCACGCGCGAAUCUGGCGUCAUAACUUCGUCGCCGGAUUACAAUCACCCCUGCGGAGCAGCAGAGCAGCUAAGGAGAUGUUUGCCCUUAAAAGGCGCUGUAGCUUCUAAACUAUCCACAUCAUUGAAGGCUGAUGUCCUGAUGCCUGGAAAUAACGAUACCAUCAGUCGGAGGAUGCAGUCCCCGGGAGCUGGCUUUUAUGGUCUAGUCGUCACUCAUUCCUCUGAAAUAUGUGCAUUUGAAAUACAUUAUCAACGUCGACAAAGAAUACGUUGUAAACACUUAUGGUCCCCGUCUUAUCGUCAUCCGUUCCUCCGAUGUCAUAAACCUGGUGCCAAGGUCGAUGACCUCAAAGGUGGCAUCGCCGGUGGUUAUAUCCUUACUGGCGUCCUACAGCUAGGGCAGGAAGUUGAGAUCUAUCCGCGAAUUGUGGACACUCAAGGCUGGAACCGCUGCAAGCCCAUUUUCAGCAAGGUCGUCUCUCUGCACGCCGAGAACAAUCACUUGCAGUUUGCAGUUCCAGGAGGGUUGAUUGGUGUUGGGACCAAGAUUGAUCCUACGCUAUGCAGAGCGGAUCGUCUGGUCGGUCAAGUGUUGGGUGCGGGCGGGAAGCUCCCGAAGGACAAGGAACAGACAAAAGUCUCGAAAUUCGCCAAGAACGAUAUCCUCCUUAUCAACAUUGGUUCAACAUCGACUGGUGGACGAGUGUUGAGCAUGAAAGGGGAUCUUAUUACGAACAUUCAAUUGACUUCACUCGCAUGUACUGAGGUUGGGAAGAAAGGUCGCACUUUCGAGACGCAUCGAGAACCAUUGACGGCUUGUUGGGGAAGUGUACAGCGUGGAACGGUACUGGAGUUGGACUGA